CGAAAAAAGGACUCUUCCAUUUUGCUAUACUAGCACUGAAGCUGACAGGCAUGUGGCGUAUAGACCCGUCACAUCUUCCAGUCAGUAUUAGAUUCAUUUACGUUAUAUAUUCCAGAAUAUUGCAAAUGAUUUGCUUAUCGUUGACAGUUCCGAUGGCCAUUCACAUACCGAGUAUGUUGCAAACCAACACCACAGCAGCAAUAGACAUUACAUCGAAGUUGCUCUAUUGCGUGCUUUUGUUCGCCAAAGUAGUGUCAUAUCCGUACAUUUCGGAAGAGUUACUUCCUCAAGCUUUAUGUUUCGAGCGCACUCUGUAUUCGGAAGGUGACAGCGUAGCACUAGCAAUCUACGCGAAACACGUGAGGUAUUGUCACGGAUUGAGCAAUUUCUUCUACACGUCUACCAUUUUUACUGGAACAGCGUUCUGUGGAUUCGGAAUUUUCAACAGUUAUCAGUUCCACAGAUUGCACGAAAGUGCGAACGUCACUUUAAAGAAACCGCUGCCGUUGAUGCAAUGGUACCCGUUCGACGAAAACAGGUACCACGUUUGGGCGCUGGCGCAGCAAGUCGUCUCUAUUACCGUCUGCGCAAUGUACGUCAUAUCCGUUCAAAUAUUUAGCAACUGCACGAUGUUAUUCUUGAGGAGCCAACUGAAAGUAUUGCAGACUUAUUUUAGGCGUUUCGACGAACACUCCUGUGAAACUGGCCCUUUAGCUGAAGGGCUGAAGUCGUUGGGCAUCAAACAUCAAAAUCUCAUUAGAUACAUCAACAGGGUAAACGAGGCUUUCAAAGCGACGGUGUUUCUGGAAUAUGCAGUAAUUUCGGUGAUUCUUGGAUUGGUUUUAUUGCAAGUGAUUGCUGGGAUGGACGCGUCUCUUAACGGCACUUUUAUGUUUGUAGUAAGCAGUCAAUUAUUGUUACUCGCUUGGACCGCUGACGAAAUUGUGGUGCAAAGUAUGAAGUUGGCCACGGCCCUGUUUGAAAGCAAUUGGUACGUCCACGAUACUGAAUUGGUGGGUUCGAUCAAGUUUAUGAUCGCGCGAUGUCAGAAACCUCUGAGUAUCGAUAUCGGGCCAUUCGGUCGGAUGUCAAUUCUGUCAGCGAUGUCAAAACAUAUUUAUCCCAUUAUCCAACGUUGAACAUGGACCCGUUCAAUUGUGCAGCGCGUUUGACGAUACAGGGGCAUGACAUAACGAGUGUCUGUUUCCUUUAAUUCGACAAAUCGCGGCGGAGACCGUCCGUCCGUUGACGAAUUCCGGCGGCGGCAAUUAAGGACGACCGCCUUUUUUCGGCCCUAAUAAACAUCUAGUUACCUUCGCAACUGAAACCGGCCGCCGAAUAUUUGUCAACAUUCAUUUUGUAUCGCCUUCGUCUCUUUCUUACCCGACGUUGACGUUUGCCUGACCGUAGCGAUUGUGUGUUGACCGCCGCCGAAUGAAGGAAAUGCCGUCGCUUUAAGUAUUUGUUAUUUUCGAAAAAUCUUCGAACCCGAAUUUCUUGCAAGUAUCUGUAGGUCACAUAUAAAUUACAUCAAAAUUAAAUAAUAUCAAUUAUCAAUAUCUUGAGGGGCUGAGCCAAUGUUGCCAGUGCUGCAAAGUAUUAAAUAGUACAUAAAUUAGAUAUUUUAAUCGUUGUAUAGUAACAAAAUGUCGUGCUACCAUUUCGUUAAGAUUAAUUCAUACAAUUUCAAGUAGAACUUUUUAGAAAUGCCCUUUUAUCAUGUGACAACGUUGUAAUGAAUUGACGCUCACACCAUUGCAGGGGAGUUGUUUAAAUUUCAUUUUACAUGCGUGUUCUAGUACCUCCAAAUUUGCUUUGCUUUUGCGAAAAUAGUUUUCAAAAGUUGCAGGAAAAUAAUAUUUUAAAGACUGAUAGUCAAAAUGCGGCAACGGUGUGAAGUUUGUAAUGAACUUCUCGGUUUCGCUUCCAUUAUGUUAUUUAAUGGGCAUGUAAACAAAUCUACUCGCGUUUUCAUAGAUGGGUGGAUUUAUUAUAUUACGUGGUGUGCAUAGUAUUACUAAUUGUUGUAGACUUCCAAGAAUCGCUGAAACGACGACGUGGAUGACUAGGACUUGCAGAAAACCAAAAGCUACAAUUUGUAGCGAUCACUUUUUAACUUAUAAUUUCGAUUUUCGAUGCGACGGAGUUAAAUUUUUUAAACGAGAUGUUUUUCCAAAAACAUUUUGCGGUGAAGUUUUUGGACCGCAAAAAUCAAAGUAAAACACUCAUUUAAAUUUGACCAUGUGACCGAGUGUUUACUUUUUAUAAAACUUCUGGAUUUCUCCUGCGUCGGUUUUUGUUGACGCGAACUAGAGCUUGACUGAAACAGUUUCAGUCAAGCUCUGAAGAAGCCAACAGGGUGAUUGGCGAAACGUUAGCUAGUUCGAAUCAACAAAAACCGACGCAGGAGGAAUCUAGAAGUUUAAUAAAAAACAUUACAGUGUUUAUUUUUAGUUCUUCAUCACAGUCUCCCCCAAGAAAACGGUACAUACGACAUUUCACAGAAUUUGAAAAAUGUGGUUUUGUUGAACUCCUAGUUUUCCCAAAAAUACACCUUUUUAUACACUAACGUGAACGGUUUGGAGAAGUCUUUCAAUGGAAUUCUCAAAAAAUGGUAGGGUAAUUAGCUUAAAAAGGACUAAGAAUUGUUUGUAAACAUAUUUCAGAUAAAAUUAAAGGAAUUGAUAUUCGUGUUUUGAAUCGAAUUACAUCAAAUUAACUAUUUGUAAUACGAAUUAUACCAAUUUUAAUCCCCCACGGGAAUUUAUUGCUACUCUCGGGAAUUAUUUUGUCCUAUAGUCUGUCUCAAUCUUCAUCGUGACACUAAUUAUGGAAGUUACUUGCCGACGGCAAUAAAACUCGGGCCCGGUGGGUAUUAAAGGACAGAAAGUUAUGAACGGACUCUCAAAGGUUUUGCUAAUAAUAUAUUUUUUUAUUCAUUUAGAUGGAUAUAAUCUUAUUAAAUUACACUAAGAAAAAACAAGGGCAUUAAAUAUGUACUAUAAAUUCACAGGUAGGAAUAUUUAUACACAAUUACAUUUUUAUUCUAAAUGGCUAAUCUAAUUCUGUUUUACUAACAGAAUCGUCCUUGAGAUUGAUUAUAAUUGUUUUCCAUAUAGUCCUCAAUUUUUAUAAUGUUUUUUUCCAGCUCUAUGGUAUGUUGUUAAUUACUUUAUUUUAUAAAAUCUAUCAGACUAGGACUUAAAGUAGGAGUACCAUUUUUCGUUUUGACCUUUUAAUUUUACGUCCAAAAAUGCUUGUGGAGUUAAACGUGCGGUGAUAUGGAGGAAGA